AAAAGCAAGCUCUCGUUUGGCGUCGUUUGUUCCUCAAACAUCAAUCGUUCGAUGGAGGCCCAUGUGGUAUUAGGAAACGCAGGGUUGCAAGUGGAGAGCUAUGGAACAGGAACUCAAGUAAGAUUGCCAGGUCGAACGGCUAUGGAGCCUCGAAUAUUCAAGUUCGGUACUCCGUACGAAGAAAUGUAUCAACAAAUGUCUUCAACGGCAGAAGACGCCGCGUACUUUGAGCGGAAUGGGGUGCUCCAAUUGUGCAGUCGUGGCGCAGCCGUCAAACGAGCCCCAGAACGAUGGCAGGACAUAUCCAGUGAAGAUGCCGCUAAGCACGAUGUUGUAAUUGCCUUUGAAGAACGUAUUUUUGAUGCUGUCAUUGAGGACCUGCAGUUGAGAGAACCAACCGAAGACUUUCGGCCGAUUCAUGUAGUUUGCCUCGAUACAAAGGACAAUCCGCACGAAGCUGCGCGACAAGGAACAGUCGCUCUCAGACUAUGCUGGCAAUUAGAGCAAUGCAAAGAA